AUGCCGCUCCGCAACAUUCCCUUCCAGAAUGUCCGUGUGUCAUCGCCCUUCUGGUCCAAGGUCCAGCAAAAUGUCCGCGAUUUUACGGUGCCGUCCAUCAUCAAGGCGCAAAAGGAGGAGGGUCACUGGGAUUGCCUCACCUUGAAGAAGGGCCACCAACCGCAGCCCCAUGCCUUCUGGGAUAGCGAUGUUUACAAGACAACAGAGGCAGCCUGUAACUUGCUACUCACUGAUCCAAAUGAGAAUAUGCUCCGCGUUGUGGAGGAGACGGUCGAGAUGAUUCGCGAAGCCCAACACCCUGACGGCUAUCUCAACUCUUUCUAUACGGAGGCAAACGUAGCCUACGAGAUGCUCACGAAAAUCGGACGCCUGCUUGAGGUGGUGAUUAAAUCCAUGCAUCACCUGGACCCGGUCUUUGGACGUGAGGAGGGCAAAAAGCGCGGGUAUCCGGACCACCAGGAGAUUGAGCUGGGCUUGCUCCCCAAGUGCUUCAUUCUGGAGCGAGGCACACACAACGACAACGGCGAGACAUGUUUUCAUCACGAAACAUUUGGGCAUGGUGCUGAUCCGUACGAUGGGCUGGGUAGCGAGGUCAAGGGCUGGUUUCAUGGACCUCCAGAUUACGCCUACAAUCAGGCUGACCGGCCCAUCCGCGAGCAGACCGAAAUCAGAGGGCAUGCCGUACGCGCAAUGUACUACUACACGGCUGUUGCGGACCUUGUUCGUCUCGAGGCCACGUCGGAUCCCGAAGUGGUCGAGUGCAAGCAGGUGCUCAAGCGGCUUUGGAGGGACAUGGUGAACUGGAAGAUGUACGUCACGGGUGCUGUUGGCGUCUACCGUCAGACCGAAGGGUUUGGCGAAGCCUUCGUACUCAACGAUCUCGAGAUGGAGGGCUGCUACGGCGAGACUUGCGCAUCCUUUACUCUCAUUGUAUGGUGUCAACGGAUAUUGCAGAUCGAGCUCAGAUCCGACUCAGACGGCGAGGCCUUUUACUACCAGAACGUAUUACGCAACAGAACGGGACAGCCCAAGGAGCGUGAGCGCUGGUUCGGCGUCGCCUGUUGCCCUCCUAAUGUGGCCAAGCUCGUCGGUUCGCUGGGUUCCCUUCUCUACCUUACUCGACCGAUGAUAUUAAGGGUCUCGUGGUGGUUCAUCUUCAUUAUCCGUGUUGAGGGCACCACGAGGCUGGCACUGCGGAUUCCUGACUGGAUGCAGGAUCAAGGGUACACAUGCUCUCUUCAAGGCGAGCUCGAACAAAGUUAUCUGCACAUCACCAUCGUCCUAGUAGACACCGAGGUCCGCCUCUCACCAUCGACAACAGCCCACCAGCUGUAUGCACACCCUAGGACGGACAAGGACAAGGUCUGCCUUCGCCGAGGACCGCUAGUGUACUGCGUGGAAGAUGUGGACAACGUGGGCAUCGAUAUUGACCACAUCGCUCUGGAGGAUGAGCGAGCACUGAAGGAGGGGUUGCCCGUAUCUAUUGCGACCACGCAUGGUGUGACUCCCCUAUUGGUCACGGGCCGGAAGCUGGCGUACAUAGGCGUUAUGACGGGCAAGCCGAAUCGGCUCCACGGACCCAAGGCCUGGGAAUAUGAGGUCGAGCCGCUGCAACUCACAGCCAUUCCGUACUUCCUCCGUGCCAAUCGCGGUGGGAACGGCGCCAUGCGGGUCUGGACGCCAAGGUGCAAGGUCAGGUAG